AUGUCUAUCGACAAAGAAGACCACUCUACGCAUCAGUCUCAUGCCAUCGACCAAGCCAGCCAGGGCGAGACUCGCAACGGACAUACAUCACCUUUGCCAGACAUCGAGACAGAUGUCUUCAUCGUUGGGGCUGGCGUGACUGGUUUGACCCUCGCGGCGCUGCUAGCUGCCGCUGGCGUACGAGCUUACACCAUUGCGAAGCACAGUGGAACGGCGCCUUCGCCACGCGCUCACGUAACCAACCAGCGAACCAUGGAAGUCUUCCGUGACAUGGGCAUUGAAGAAGCUGUGCGUCAAGUCUCAACACCAUUGCCACUUCUCGGAAAUGGAGUCAUCUGUACCAGUCUUACAGGGCUGGAGCUAGGCCGGUAUAGUUGUUACGGUGCUGGCUCCCAUCAGCUUUCCGACUUUGCACAGGCUAGCCCCUCGGAGAUGGUGAACUCUCCGCAACACGUUCUUGAGCAGGUUCUCCUAGCGCACGCUCGGGAAAAAGGCGCUGUAAUUCAUUUCUCCCAUGAACUCAUUGAUAUUGAGCAAAGCGAUUCAGGCGUGGUGGGUACGGUUCGGGAACGGCACACCAGAACUCAGUACACUGUUCGCUCAAAGUAUACGGUAGGGGCCGAUGGUGGGAGGUCGCUCGUUGCCGAGAAAUUUGGGUUCGGUUUCGAAGGGCAGCCUGGCUUGAUGAACAUGCUGACAUCGUGGCUCGAGGCCGAUGUCACGGAAUAUACUGCGUACCGACCGUCGUGUAUUUACAUGAUGGCUCAGCCAGGCAACGCAUUCUGGGUUGGAUCAGGAACUCUAGUCGCGGUCAAGCCAUAUACCGAGUGGCUUCUGAAUCGGCAGUACAACUCUGAAACGGAGCCAGAUACCUCAGACGAUGCCGUCAUUGCGUACGCGCGUAAAACCCUGGGGAUUCCCAACCUGAAGGUCAAGGUCAAGGACACUAGUCGAUGGCAAGUCAACAAUGUGUACGCAACUGAGAAUUGCCGCGGACCUAUCUUUUUGGCCGGCGAUGCUGCCCAUCGCCAUCCUCCCGCGAGUGGACUUGGAAGCAACACAUGUGUCCAGGAUGCAUACAACUUAGCAUGGAAGUUAGCCCUUGUUGUGUCAAGCAAGGCUGGAAACAGUCUGCUGGAGAGCUAUAACCAAGAACGGCAACCGAUCGCUAAGCAGAUCGUGGGCCAUGCGAUCCAGACACUGUACAAUUUCGCGCGAGUGCCUGAAGCCCUAGGGUUCCAGCAAGGCCAGUCGAUAGAAGAAGGCUACAAGUCGCUUGACGAUUUAUUCUCCGAUGUCCCCGGCGCGGAGCAACGACGCGUUUUAUUGAGGGAGGCGAUCGAUUUGCAGAAUCGACGAUCUAAUGCUUUGGGCCUACACCUAGGUCAACGAUACACCGACUCCAACGCCGUGGUCGAUGCCGGAACUCCGUUUCCGGCAUACCGACGUGACCCCGUGCUGCAUUAUGAGCCCACCACACAUCCUGGAGCGUAUCUGCCCCAUGCCUGGAUCGAGGUUAAGACGUGCCGCAUGUCGACGAUAGACAUCUUGGAUCAGGGACAUUUUGGCCUUAUCGUUGGUAUCGGUGGCGACCCGUUCAUCGCCGCGGCAGAAGCUGUCAGCAAAGAGCUAAAUGUCAAGCUCCCUGUAUACAAGAUUGGGUAUCGCUGCCCUUAUGACGACGUACUCGGCGAGUGGCACGCUGCUCGCGGCGAGCUAGGCGAUCAAGGUGCGCUACUGGUUCGACCGGACCGUCACAUUGCGUGGCGCACGGUCAAUCGUCCGGACGAUCCGCGUGAAGCCUUGCGUGGGGCACUUCGUUAUGUUCUUGGAUUGGACUCGUGA